AUGGAUCCCAACGCCCCGAACCCGAAGCACAGAAACACACCCGAGUACGCCCGCUACCAACGCGAGCUCUUCUGGGCGGAGAACGAAGGCGUAACACCGCCCUUCAACACCGACCCAGACAAACUCGAACAGCGCGCGGAACAAAAACUCAGCGAAGGCGGCUGGUACUACGCCUCCUCCAACGCGGGCCAAUCCCUCACCCACCUCGCCAACCGCCAGGCCUUCUACCGGCACAAAGUGCUCCCGCGCAUGCUCGUAGACACCAACAAACGCGAUACCAAAACCUCCAUCUUCGGGCACAAAGUCAGCGCACCGAUUGGCUUCGCACCGAUUGGGAUCAAUAAGAUCUAUAAUCCUGAAGGCGAGCUGCCGGUGGCGCAGGUAGCGAAGGAGCUGAAUCUACCGUACUGUCUGUCCACGGCAGGGUCGCAACCGAUUGAGGAUGUUGGGAAAGCGAACGGAGCCGGGCCCAGGUUCUUCCAGCUGUAUAUGCCGCACGACGACGAGCUGACGGUGUCGCUGCUGAAGCGGGCUUGGGACAGCGGGUUCACGGCGUGUAUCCUGACGGUGGAUACAUGGCAGCUGGGCUGGAGGCACAAUGACGUGAACACGUCGGAUUAUGCGUUCUACAAAGGCAUCGGUGCGGAUCUGGGGCUUUCGGAUCCCGUGUUCCAGAAGAAGAUGAAGGAGGCUGGGAUCGAUCCGAAGACGCAGCCGAAGGAGGCAGGGGCGAUGUGGAUUGAUAAUGUCUGGCACGGACGUGCGCAUACGUGGGAGAAGAUCCCGUGGUUGAUCAAGACGUGGAAGGAGAUCUCUGGCGGGAAGCCGUUUGCGAUCAAGGGUAUUCAGCGGGUUGAUGAUGCGCGGAAGUGUGUUGAGGUGGGGUGUGAUGGGAUUGUGGUGAGCAACCAUGCCGGACGGCAAGUCGAUGGUGCCAUUGCCAGUCUGGACGCGUUGGAGAACAUUGUCAAUGCUGUUGGCGACAAGACAUACAUCAUGUACGACUCCGGCGUCCGAGGCGCGACAGAUGUCUUCAAAGCGCUGGCGCUCGGUGCGAAGUUCGUCUUCGUCGGCAGACUAUGGGUCUGGGGCCUCUCGAUCAUGGGCACGACCGGUGUGCGACACGUCAUGAAGUCCCUCCUCGCGGACUUCGACAUCAUGAUGAACGUCGCGGGUUGCCAGAGCGUAGACCAGAUCGACAGGAGCUGGCUAGAGAGUCAGCCAAAGAGUUACUCGCUGGUGCAGGAGCGGAGCAAGCUGUAA